AGAGCCGCGGAGCGGCGGGAGGAGGUGGAGGAGGCGGAGGAGGGAGCCCGCGAGGGAGGGUCCGCCCGGCCCCCCGCCGCCGGAGCCGCCGCCGCCGCUACAGCCGCCUCAGGAACGAGUCGCCUUGGGAACAUGGCGCCGGGCCCGCCGUCGCUGCGGCCGGGAUCGCGGAGGCCGGGGCCGCGCUGAGAGCGCCCCCGAGGCUGGCAGACAUGUUGGCUAUUUGGCGAUGAGAAGUAAUAAGAACUGACAUCAUACUGGUUUAGAACACUAUGGGACCUGACACUUGUGCUGCUUGGGCAGCUGGCCUCCCCUGGCACUGCUGAGAAGCCCUCUUACUCUACUGCAGAACACUAAUCUGAUCUCGGAAGUAGUUGAUUGUGGCAGGAUGUUUCGAAGAUGAUGAUGGCAAGAAAGCAAGAUGUUCGAAUUCCCACCUACAACAUCAGCGUGGUGGGACUGUCUGGGACUGAGAAGGAGAAAGGCCAGUGUGGCAUUGGGAAGUCUUGUCUGUGUAACCGCUUCGUGCGCCCAAGUGCAGAUGAUUUUCACCUGGACCACACUUCUGUCCUCAGCACCAGUGACUUUGGUGGACGGGUUGUCAAUAAUGACCACUUUCUCUACUGGGGAGAAGUUAGCCGCUCCCUGGAGGACUGUGUGGAAUGUAAGAUGCACAUAGUGGAGCAGACUGAGUUCAUUGACGAUCAGACUUUUCAACCUCAUCGAAGCACGGCACUGCAGCCCUACAUCAAGAGAGCUGCAGCCACCAAGCUCGCAUCAGCUGAAAAACUCAUGUAUUUUUGCACUGACCAGCUGGGGUUGGAGCAGGACUUUGAACAGAAACAGAUGCCAGAUGGAAAGCUGCUGGUUGACGGUUUCCUUCUGGGCAUCGAUGUUAGCAGGGGCAUGAACAGGAACUUCGAUGACCAGCUGAAGUUUGUCUCCAAUCUCUACAAUCAACUUGCAAAAACUAAAAAGCCCAUAGUGGUAGUCCUGACUAAGUGUGAUGAGGGUGUUGAGCGGUACAUUAGAGAUGCACAUACUUUUGCCUUAAGCAAAAAGAACCUCCAGGUUGUAGAGACCUCAGCAAGAUCCAAUGUGAAUGUGGACUUGGCUUUCAGUACUUUAGUGCAGCUCAUUGAUAAGAGUCGAGGAAAGACAAAAAUCAUUCCUUACUUUGAAGCUCUCAAGCAGCAGAGUCAGCAAAUAGCUACAGCAAAGGACAAGUAUGAGUGGUUGGUGAGCCGCAUUGUGAAAAAUCACAACGAGAACUGGCUGAAUGUCAGCCGAAAGAUGCAGGCAUCCCCUGAGUACCAGGACUAUGUGUACCUGGAAGGGACACAGAAGGCCAAGAAGCUCUUCCUGCAGCACAUCCACCGCCUCAAGCACGAGCAUAUUGAGCGCCGGAGAAAGCUUUACCUGGCAGCCCUGCCAUUGGCUUUUGAAGCCCUCAUACCUAAUCUAGAUGAAGUAGACCACCUGAGCUGCAUUAAAGCCAAAAAACUCUUAGAGACCAAGCCAGAGUUCUUAAAGUGGUUUGUUGUGCUUGAAGAGACACCAUGGGAUGCCACCAGCCACAUUGAUAACAUGGAAAACGAGCGGAUUCCCUUUGACUUGAUGGAUACCGUCCCUGCCGAACAGCUGUAUGAGACCCACUUGGAGAAGCUGAGGAAUGAGAGGAAGAGAGCUGAGAUGCGAAAGGCAUUCAAAGAAAACCUGGAAACCUCUCCUUUCAUUACUCCUGGGAAACCUUGGGAAGAGGCUCGUAGUUUUAUUAUGAAUGAAGACUUUUACCAGUGGCUGGAAGAAUCUGUGUAUAUGGACAUCUAUGGCAAGCACCAAAAACAGAUUAUAGACCGAGCAAAGGAAGAGUUCCAGGAGUUGCUUUUGGAGUACUCAGAAUUGUUUUAUGAGCUGGAACUAGAUGCCAAACCCAGCAAGGAAAAGAUGGGUGUCAUCCAGGAUGUUUUGGGAGAAGAGCAGCGAUUUAAAGCAUUACAGAAGCUCCAAGCAGAGCGUGAUGCUCUCAUCCUGAAGCACAUUCAUUUUGUGUACCACCCCACAAAGGAGACAUGCCCAAGCUGCCCAGCUUGUGUGGAUGCUAAGAUUGAGCACUUGAUUAGUUCUCGCUUUAUCCGACCAUCUGAUCGGAAUCAGAAGAACUCUCUGUCUGACCCCAACAUUGAUAGAAUCAAUUUGGUUAUCUUAGGCAAAGAUGGCCUUGCCCGAGAAUUGGCCAAUGAAAUUCGAGCUCUUUGUACAAAUGAUGACAAAUAUGUGAUAGAUGGUAAAAUGUAUGAGCUUUCCCUGAGGCCAAUAGAGGGGAAUGUCAGGCUCCCUGUGAACUCUUUCCAGACACCAACCUUCCAACCCCAUGGCUGCCUCUGCCUUUACAAUUCAAAGGAGUCUUUGUCCUAUGUGGUGGAGAGUAUAGAGAAGAGCAGAGAGUCCACACUGGGCAGGCGGGAUAAUCACUUAGUUCACCUCCCCUUGACCUUAAUUUUAGUUAACAAGAGAGGGGACACAAGUGGAGAAACUCUGCACAGCUUAAUACAACAAGGCCAACAGAUCGCUAGCAAAUUACAGUGUGUCUUUCUUGAUCCUGCUUCUGCUGGCAUUGGUUACGGACGCAACAUUAAUGAGAAGCAGAUCAGUCAAGUUCUGAAGGGACUCCUGGAUUCUAAGCGUAACUUAAACCUGGUCAGCUCCACUGCUAGUAUCAAAGACUUGGCUGAUGUGGACCUUCGAAUUGUCAUGUGUCUGAUGUGUGGUGAUCCCUUUAGUGCAGAUGACAUACUCUCUCCUGUCCUGCAGUCCCAAACUUGUAAAUCUUCGCACUGUGGGAGCAGCAACUCUGUUUUACUUGAACUUCCAAUUGGACUACACAAGAAGCGAAUUGAGCUAUCUGUUCUUUCAUACCAUUCCUCGUUCAGUAUCCGAAAGAGCCGGUUGGUUCAUGGGUACAUUGUUUUUUAUUCAGCCAAACGUAAGGCCUCUUUGGCAAUGUUGCGUGCCUUUCUUUGUGAAGUGCAGGAUAUCAUCCCCAUCCAGCUUGUGGCACUCACUGAUGGCGCUAUAGAUGUCCUGGACAAUGACUUAAGUCGAGAGCAACUGACAGAGGGGGAGGAAAUUGCACAAGAAAUUGAUGGGAGGUUCACAAGCAUCCCUUGUAGCCAGCCCCAGCAUAAACUUGAGAUCUUUCAUCCCUUUUUUAAAGAUGUGGUAGAGAAAAAGAACAUAAUCGAGGCCACACACAUGUACGAUAAUGUUGCUGAGGCUUGCAGCACCACUGAAGACGUGUUCAAUUCCCCCAGGGCUGGGUCACCACUCUGCAACUCAAACUUGCAGGACUCAGAAGAAGAUGUGGAGCCUCCAUCAUACCACCUGUUUCGGGAAGAUGCCACAUUACCCUCCCUGUCCAAAGACCAUUCCAAGUUCUCUAUGGAGCUGGAGGGAAAUGACGGGCUAUCUUUCAUAAUGAGCAAUUUUGAGAGUAAACUGAACAACAAAGUACCUCCACCAGUCAAACCAAAGCCUCCUGUCCAUUUUGAGAUCACAAAAGAUCUGUCCUACCUAGACCAAGGCCAUCGGGAGGGACAGAGGAAGUCUGUGUCUUCUAGCCCCUGGCUGCCUCAGGAUGGGUUUGAUCCUUCUGACUAUGCAGAGCCAAUAGAUGCUGUGGUCAAGCCGAGGAAUGAGGAAGAAAACAUUUACUCUGUGCCCCACGACAGCACCCAGGGCAAGAUCAUCACCAUUCGGAACAUCAACAAAGCCCAGUCCAAUGGCAGUGGCAAUGGUUCUGAUAGUGAAAUGGACACGAGUUCUCUAGAGCGAGGCCGCAAGGUAUCAGCUGUGAGUAAGCCUGUGCUGUACAGGACAAGAUGCACCCGGCUGGGGCGGUUUGCUAGUUACCGCACCAGCUUCAGUGUGGGGAGUGAUGACGAGCUGGGACCCAUCCGGAAGAAAGAGGAGGAUCAGGCAUCCCAGGGUUAUAAAGGGGACAAUGCUGUCAUUCCAUAUGAAACAGAUGAAGACCCUAGGAGGAGGAAUAUCCUUCGAAGUCUAAGGAGGAACACCAAGAAACCAAAGCCCAAACCCCGACCAUCCAUCACGAAGGCAACCUGGGAGAGUAACUAUUUUGGGGUGCCCUUAACAACUGUGGUGACUCCAGAGAAGCCAAUUCCCAUUUUUAUUGAAAGAUGCAUUGAGUACAUUGAAGCCACAGGACUGAGCACUGAGGGCAUCUACCGGGUCAGUGGGAACAAGUCAGAAAUGGAAAGUCUGCAAAGACAGUUCGAUCAAGACCACAAUCUGGACCUGGCAGAGAAAGAUUUCACUGUGAACACUGUGGCAGGGGCUAUGAAAAGCUUCUUCUCAGAGCUACCAGACCCCCUAGUACCAUACAGCAUGCAGAUUGACCUGGUGGAAGCGCACAAAAUCAACGACCGAGAACAGAAGUUACAUGCUCUUAAGGAGGUGCUGAAGAAAUUCCCAAAGGAAAACCAUGAAGUCUUCAAAUAUGUCAUCUCCCACCUGAACAAAGUCAGCCACAACAACAAGGUGAAUCUCAUGACCAGUGAGAACCUGUCUAUCUGCUUCUGGCCCACCCUGAUGAGGCCCGACUUCAGUAGCAUGGACGCUCUCACAGCCACACGCUCCUACCAAACCAUCAUCGAGCUCUUCAUCCAGCAGUGCCCCUUCUUCUUCUACAACCGGCCCAUCAGUGAGCCUCCUGGAGCUGCACCUGGCUCCCCCUCAGCUGUGGCUCCCACUGUCCCUUUCCUUACCUCUACACCUGCUACCAGUCAGCCGUCACCUCCCCAGUCACCUCCUCCAACCCCUCAGUCCCCAAUGCAGCCAUUGCUCUCCUCUCAGCUCCAAGCCGAACACACGCUGUGAGCCACCACAGUCCAGGAGGCAGGAAAACCAGUCGUCUUUUUGACAGGAUGGCAUUUGGCCUUGAACAAAAUCAGGUCCCCUGGGCUGGAGGUCACAGCCAAGCGCCUUUUUAAGACUUCAGUGAUGGCACUAGCCAGUGUCUGCCAUGGCUGGGCAGUCGAGCACCCUGCAGCCUGAUCUUCACCUGGUACUGGCUGUGGCAGGCUGUGGGGCCCUGCCCUUGGCCUAACCACUCUGAGGACUGAACUGACCAGACAGAGGCCCCAGUACCCUCACUGCUUCCUGGACCCCUUGCCCAACCUGUCUGCCUGCACCAGCGUCAGGGCCCCAUCAUUGGGACAUCACCCCAGCCUCUGCCAGGGGCAGAGGUUAUACCCCAGCAGGGCUGGCCCCUCUAAAGAGGACACUUCCCAGUUUGUCCUCUCUCAUUUUCCAUACGUACACACACCUGCAAAGGGGUCCUUGGGAACAUGUGGGCUCUGGCUCUGCUACCCAACAGUACACACAGGGCACUGGCAUGGCCCACAGCACAGCAAGAAGAGAGCUUUGUGCCUAGACCCAGUGUGUGGCUUCCCUCCCAACUCCUUUCCAGGCUUCUGCUCCAUUCCCUGCAGCAAAGGAACACUGGAAGAAAGAUGGAACCCCUCCACAGAGACAGAAAGACAGCACAGGAAGAAAAUAGACCUCAAGUUUCCACUUCACCUGCCAGGUGGCCACUGGGUAAAAAGCCCCUUGUCUGUGUGUGACAGCAAAGUAAGGACACCUGGACAAUGGCUGCAAACCCACUGGGCCCCCAUAGGUCCACCUCCUGAGAAGACAGAGCCUUUGGAGGGAUUAUUGGCAAGGUCCCUACCUAACCAGCACACUAUAGAAACACUACGUAUGUAGAAAAACUACAGGUGUGUACACACAGCACCCAGGUUGGCAUGUUUGGUGUUAAAUUGGGGUCCUUUUAUCCCAUGCUGUAGAUGUAACCAGCAAGGGUGUCUGGGACAUGGGCAGGUAUGGCACCUUCCAGAAAUGAGUAUCUGGUUAUACACAGAGGAUCCUGUUCUCAGACAGAAGCACUGUGCCUGGCUUGUCACCACCCUAUACUGACCCAGUUUUGCCACUUCCUCCCAGCAGCCUCCACACACUCUGCUCUUGGUGUGGCAGCUCUAAUUGGCUCCUGCCUCUGCCUCUGCCUCCUACUUUAAUCUUAGCACUGGGCCAUGAAACCUGACACUAAGGUACCCUGGGCAUAGGAGGGGCAUGGGUCACACAGCACUAUCCUGGGUCUCACCAUUGCACUUUAGAAAUAGCAUGUGGGUAUGUUUCCAGGGGCCCCAGGUGGACUUCCACCCUGCCUUUACCUCUGUAGGGUAGGAGGAUGACUGGCCCUUGGCAAAGGGUCCUGUCCUAGAGAAGCUGACUGUUCCUAUCUCUAGUACUUGGCAACAUAAGGUGCUUGCAAACACUACGCUGCCCCUGCAAAAUAUAAUCUCCAAGACCAGACCAAACCCAAGGUACAAAUGUGUUAUAUGUAAAUGUUUUCCCUCCUGAGGGUCUGUUUUGGGUGCUGUAGGCCUGGGGUCAGCAGGAACAUAAUGUGGGUUGUGUCCACUAAGGUCACAGACAGUCCCUGCCCUGACUUCAUGCCCCUUGCACCUCGCUAUUAAAAUGACUUACAUUCAGUAGUUUCUGUUGGGUCUUCAAAGAAAUGGAGGUGGAGCCAUCCAACUGUGAACAGAGUUGUGACCCAAGCCACCCUCCUGUGAGGCUGCUGCAUGUGCCUAUGUAAUGUCAGCAAUGGGUGGCAGACUAAGAGGGGCAGGCACAUGGCCAGGAGAACCCAGCUCAGAUCCUCACCUUGGCAGACACCAGGCUGGAACACCUCAUUCCUGCUUCUUCAGGUACUCUGAGUGACCUUCUCACUCAUGGCAAGGCAACCUGGGGACCUACAAAAGGGAGAGCACUCAGGGCUUAGGUGGCCUCAAAAGGGUCCUCAAAUGGGUGGCCAGGUCAACUGCUGCCCUACUCAGAAAGCAGCCCUGGAGGUGACCUCAGCCUGGUGCCACCCAACAACACCACAGUUCCCAAGGCUGGGUUUUGUGCUGCACAUUGGGUGGUAUACAGUCCUUCAGCACCGUCCACCCUUCUCAUCUCGGGCUUUUUAAGGGACAUGGAAAGUUCUGGUGCUGGUCUGCCCCAUGCUCUCCAUUCUCACAGGAGAGGCAGGCAGAGUAGCAGCAAUUUUAUAGAACCUUCCCAGCCUCUGCCAGUACGGGGGUUGACACUGUUGGAGUAGCUUGUAGGCGAGGGGGUGGGGUGUAUCCUCCUGUGUUCUGUGCCUCCACCCCUGGUCUAGUGGGAGGGAUCCUGGAAGGCCUGCAUUCCCCCCGAGGACCCCACAGGGUACCUUGUGCUCUGUCCCACCCAGACCCUCAAAACUUGACAGUGGGCCAGCUGCAAUCCUCAUUCCCCAAAGUCAUCUACAGGUGGCAGGUCGAGGGGGGGGUGGUUCUCCAUUCCACAUCACCCACAUGUGCAUGGGGAAGGUCGGGGAUGAGCUAGGUCAGUCCAGGACUGUACCAGCCAGGGACUUCACAGAGAGGCCAAGGCGAGAGGCCCUAGAUGUUCCCUUACCCCAGCCAUGAAGCCACCCGAGUAGUGGAGCCAGGACAUAAGUUAUUGUUCACAUUAAAGAAUCAUGUUCCCUGUGUACAUUUUAAGCAAAGGAAACGUCUCGGGAUUGUAUGGGAAUAAAACUUGUUUGAAAAUUUGGAA